GUGCGACUGAGUGCCUAUAUAUAUAUAAGAGCACAGUGGGUGCUUUCAGUUUAUUUGUGUCCUUCUGUAAAUCCGGUUGGUGGAAGACAGAGAGUAACUCUUUCCUAAAUGAUGGAGAAUGACGGAAGUAGUUUUGAAGAUGUCUCUUCUUCUAGUGAAACCAGUAAACAAGCAAUGGAAGGGGUGUUUCAUAGCCAUUUAGAGGAGAAAGUUCGUCCUUACAUCGACCUGAUUGACUCUCUGAGGCUGAUUGGAAUUGAAGAAGAUUUAGCUCUACCAACUAUAGCAGUGAUUGGAGAUCAGAGCUCCGGGAAAAGCUCUGUGCUGGAGGCGCUGUCUGGGGUGGCGUUACCCAGAGGGAGUGGUAUUGUUACCAGAUGUCCUCUGGAGCUUAAGCUGAGGAAGAUCAAGGGUGGGGUUCAGUGGCGAGCGGCCAUAUCUUACAAAGAGGAGUACACUGAGUUUGAUGACCCAUUAAUGGUUGAACAUUAUGUUGCGGAAGCUCAGAAUGAGUUGGCUGGAGAUGGAGUUGGAAUAUGUGAUGAUCUCAUCACUCUGGAGAUCAUGUCUCCUGAUGUUUGUGACCUCACACUGAUCGAUCUGCCUGGGAUUGCAAGGGUUCCUGUAAAAGGUCAGCCUGAUGAUAUCGGAGAUCAGAUCAAAAAUCUCAUACGGACCUUUAUUGAGAAGAAUGAAACCAUCAAUUUGGUCGUGGUCCCAUGCAAUGUUGACAUUGCAACAACAGAGGCACUGAAGAUGGCACAGGAGGUGGACCCUGAAGGGAAAAGAACUCUGGCUAUUCUUACUAAGCCAGACCUUAUUGACAAAGGAACAGAGAAGAACAUAAUGGAUGUAGUCAGAAAUCAGGUUAUUCCUUUAAGCAAAGGAUACAUCAUCGUUAAGUGCCGUGGUCAGAAGCAGAUUGAUGAGAAAAUCUCUCUGGAGCAGGCGACUCGAGUGGAGAGAGACUUCUUCAAACGUCACGAGUUCUUCAGUUGCCUUUUGAAUGAGGAGAAAGCAACGAUUCAGUGCCUUGCCAGCAAACUGACUCAAGACCUGGUUGAUCACAUCAAAAAAUCGCUGCCUCUGCUUUCAGAGCAGAUAAAGAAGCAGCUGUGGGACUUGAGAAAAGAGUUGAAUCAGUGCGAGGCUGGCCCACCACUGGAUCCACAGAAGAGGAAGGACUUCUUCAUCAGUACUUUGAUGAAGUUCAAUGACAAGAUCAACCGCUUGGCAUCUGGGGAAGCGGGUAAUGAAGACAACUUGUUUGUUCAGCUUCGGUCGGAGUUCAAAAAGUGGAAAGAACAUCUUGACAGUACAAAGUCAUCAUUUCAUGAGGUGGUCCAGGCUGUGGUGAAAGAAUAUGACCUGAAGUACAGAGGAAGGGAGCUGCCUGGCUUCAGCGAUUAUAAUGUGUUUGAGAUGGUGGUGCAGAGACUUGUGAUCCAACUGAAGGGACCAGCCAUUGACAGACUCAGAGUCAUAAGAGAGACCAUCCAGAAACAGUUCUCAGAUGUUUCCAAAGCAUGCUUCCCCAACUAUCCUUUCCUCCAGUGUGUUGCUACGAACAAGAUAGACAACAUUCAGUCAAAGCAAGAAGCUAAAGUGGAGCAGAGGAUCAUGGAGCAGUUUGAGAUGGAGCAGCUGGUCUACACUCAAGAUAGCAUCUACUUCAAAACCUUGAAUGGAACACGUCCUUCUGCGGAAGGACAAACAGCUUCAGAAGAUAACUACACUGGGCUUGACUGCAGGACCAAAUAUCCUGAGAUGCUGCACGCUUAUUAUGAGAUCGUAGUGCAGCGACUGGCUGACCAGGUGCCCAUGCUGAUCCGAUACUUCAUGUUGAAGGAGUCUGCUCAGCUGCUCUGCAGUGAGAUGUUAGGGUUAAUGGAUGGUGCUAACGUAGCUGAGGUUCUCCGGGAAGAGUCAGAGGUCAGCAGACGCCGCGUUAACAUGCAGAACCGGAUGGACCGUCUCACCAUUGCUCAAGAGAAGCUCAGUAACUUCGUUUGAAGAGACAACCUUGGAUAUAAGCUAUCAUCUUAGAUACUAACAAAUAAGAAAUCUUGAGAGUUAUUUAGAUGCAAUAAUGGCAAUUCCAGUUAAUUUUUAUUUUUUAAAGGUAAUUUAUUCAUUUUCUAUGGUUAUUAGGUACUGCACACAAACAGUGUGGAUACAUUUUAGAAAGGCUACAUCAGAGGCUCUCAAUCCUGCUCCCAACACACUUGAUGCAACUCAGGAAUUCAUUUUCAAGCCCUUCUUAAGGUGAACUAUAGCUGACUCUCAAAUAGCUCCUUACAUAGUGACCUACCUAGGCUCCAGCACCCAAACAGUGCAUCAUAUGUCUAACAAAGAGCCAUCUGGGAUUUUGCCACCUCUUACAGGAAAGUCACUUAUUUUUCACAUAACCAUGUGUUUACAAGUAAUCACAUUUGUUUCACGUUAACAGGUUUCCACAAUCAUAUGCUUUUUCACAUGUGACCACACUUAUUUUCACAUAUGAUAACACAUUAUGUGUGCUAGAGCAGAGAGAACACUACAUGCAGGGCAGAGGUACUACAGGACCAGGACUAGGAACUGGCCUAAAUAAUUCUGCAGAACAUUCCAAAACAUCUAUCCAAUGUCUACCUAAAAGUGUAGACUGGUGCUUCAGUUAGGUGUGGAAAUCACUAACAAAAGUAACUGUCAAUAAACAUCCUAAACUUGGGCCACAAUCAAGAGCAUCCCUCUAUAACAGAACAGAGGCAAAAGCAAUAGAGCCGAAAUCUAAAACCUGCUCAAAGCACUAACGUCUGCUAUACUAAGCUGAUUCCUUCACAUUAUAGACGUUAGAUAUCUUAAUGUGUAUUUACAGGAUAAAGUGGUACAUUUUAGGUCUAACUUGGUCCAGCCUGUCUUCCUCUUUUACAGGUGAAACUAUGAAACUAUAUUUACUCAUGUUCAGUUUAAGGGGGCCUGGUGUCAUAUCUUAAACCACUUAAAAUCAACACUUACUUUUUUCAUAUUGCUGAUACACAAGAAUGUGAUGUGUGCAAUGUACAAACGUUUUUUUAAAACACUUGAUCUGAAUUCACAUUUGUGGCCCUUUUAAUUAACAUUUAAUUUUAAUAAUAAUUUUAAUAAUAUUGAAUAAUUUUUAUACAGUAGACAGUAUCAGACCUCUGCAUGUACGAAGGAAGCUUGCUGGUUAACUAUGCAACAAAGUGUAUAUUUCAAUCCUAAAGUCAUGCAAUAUUCAACUCCAGAGUUCUCACAAGGUCUAUUUUUCACUGGAGUCAUGGUAGUUAUUUUAUAACUGAACAUUGAUCAUACAUGCCUGGGUGUCUUUAAAUAAUUGCUUGAGAGGGUGAAUUUGUGUGUUAGUGCAUGCAGGGAAAAACUAAAGAGUUGUUUGAAGCAAUUUUUUUUUACCUUGAGUCUUACAGAAAUUAUAAAAGCUGACCUCUAGUACAGAUGGUGUAAACCAAAAAUGUGGUCCAGGUGCAGGUACGAUCCAUACAGUAACACAGUAAUGCAAGGUGCAAACAACCUGGAUCGGCAUCCUGGCCCAUUUUCACGUCCCCAAUUUACUAUUCAUAUUACAUGGUUUACAAACAUCACCACUUUAUUUAAUUGUUUUAUCGAUGUGGCCAUGAAACAUUUAAUUUCUUUCUCCACCGGUCACUUGUACUUUGUACUUAUGUAGCUACCUUAUGGGCAACAUAGUAACAAACUUCAUUAAAGUAUUUGUGUCCAGUCUCAUUGCCCAUCGCAUAACACUUUUUAAUGUAGCCUAUUUUACUAGCAGAUGUUUGUUACUAAUUUACAAAUUGUAUUAAUUUUAAUUAUUAAUUUCAUUAUAUAUACCACAAAGACACACACUACUGUACUAUAAUGCAGCAUUUUAUCAUUCAAUCACUUACAAUCAGCUCCGUUUUUCAACUGUCUUCACUUUUAUCUCUUGUGAAAUUAAUUAUAAUUUAUAGGGAACAUAAACCUCUGGGUUGCUGCAUUCUGUCUGAUAAAAGAAUGAAGCCAGACUGUUUACACCAGCAUUUCACAAUUACAAAUUCUUCACAGUCCUUCUGAUGUCUUGGCCCAUUUCUUGUCUUAAAAACAGAAAGUGAAAAACAAUCUGAAUAUGACGGAAUUAUUUAUGCCUAAGAGGUAUUGGCAAAGCUCCAUGUCACCUGAAUACUGUUUACGCUUGUGCCUCAUUUCAUGUCUUUGUAAUAAACAUGUCACAUUAUGUCUUUGCCACUGCUCACAGAGCACACCAAGCAUUGUAUACCUGUUUGUCAUCACUGUGUAUCGACCUGCCUUGUUUUCUCAACCUUGUCUUUGGAUUUCCCUUUUUGGUAGUGUUUAUUGAUUUUGAACUUACUGUUUUGGCUCUUGACCCUGAUCUUUUUCCCCACCACUCUUUGCUUUUUCCUUGCAGUGCGUAUUUUCUAUCUCGGUUCUGUUCUUGGCUUGUUGUUGGAUUACGUUUUUGGCUUAUCUCACUGUUAUUAA